AAUCGCCUGUAACACUGUGUUUAUCUUAAUAUUAUGUAUUUACCAUAUGAUAUUGGCUGUAAACAGAUUAGCUGCUAUAAUUUAAUAUUGAUUUGUUCAAUGUUCUGUAUAAAUCCGUUUUCCAAUCUAUGAUGUCUGGCAUCCUGGUGAUGAAUUUGUUACACUUAGAGUUAAAUGAUGCACAGCAGAAGGGCUUUGAUAGCAUUGCGUAAUGAAUUUGACUAGGUUGGAUUUGUCGUCAUUGAAUUUUUUCCGCUGUCAGGCCCAUUUACGUGGUGGCAUGGGCGUUUCACGCCACUGAGAUGACGGGUUUGUUAAGAGGUUAACUACUCUGUGCUUUUGUUAGACACUAACCCUCCUACUCCCCCAGCCCCCCUCCCAUCAUCCACCAAGCCCUGCGUCAACAGGAGCCUGGGGUAUAUAAGACACAGCCACCUGAAUCCCAAGCUCAAGACACUUCAGCAGAGGACCGAAGCAUCUUUUGACUCUCGCUGACUUUGACGCAGUCUGAACACUUGUUUGGUGUUUGUGAACUCUGUUUCAUCUUCUCUCUCGUUUUUUAUUUCUCUCCACUCUCUGAGUCGUCGUGUCAGCAUGCAGCUUUUAGCCAGCUUAGUGUCUCUGCUGCUGGUGCUGUACAGUGUGAGAGCAGCGGCUGUGCUUCCAGCGGAGGAAAGGAGUCCCACACACACCAGGGAACUGAGUAAGGAGCGAAAGGAGCUGAUCCUCAAAUUGGUCUCUGGUCUGCUUGACGGCAUGGACAACAGCAUGCUGGCCGGAGAUCUCGUUCCUCUGGAGGAGGAAGAACCCAUAGAGUCUCGUCUGGAAGAGAGAGCCGUGUACAACCGGCUAGCGCAGCUGCCCCAGAGAGACCGCAAAGCCCCGUGUAAGAAUUUCUUCUGGAAGACGUUCACGUCGUGCUAACCCUAUGCUCCGUCCAAAUGUUCUCUGCUCCUCCUCAAAACCUCAUAUGAACUGUGCACACCCUCACUGUACAUACCAUCGGCGCCGUCCAAUGAGGGGUCUUAAUGGACUUUACAGAUUGAUGGCAGACAGAUUGUUAAAGAUAUUGAUGAUUAUAUUUAUCUAUUUAUUGCUCUAUUGAUUUACUAUUUAUGUAUGUUUUUGAACAUCUCAAACCAAUAAAGCAUGGUUAUGACAUUGGCUUUUGGAUAAUGGAUCUCUCAGUGUCUCAAAGUGUCCAGGUCUUAAGAAAAAAAGCAUUAAAUCAUUUUAUCCCAAUGGAUAAAUAAACAUCUAUGGUGUCUUUUUGUGGAAUGUCUGUGAAGGUGUAAUAAAUAUUUCAAGACUUGCUAA